AUGGAUUCAAAUAAUGAGAGGAAAGGCGACAAUCAAAAGUUCCCGUUUCAUGAAUCUGUAUUUAAAGAUCCCUCAAAACAUCAUUUUUAUGAAAAAGAAAGAUCGAUUUCUCCACAACAUCAACAAUCUAAUGAUAAUAUCACUAAAGAUGUAGUUUCAACACAACAAUUGAGUCAAGAACGAUUGGAAAAUAACUUAGAUCAAGGUCAAAAUCAGGAGAUAAGUCAAGAUAAUAAUCAAGCUAUAGAUCGACCUAAACCUUUUACUUUACAAAAAGUACAAGAUAAUGAAGGACCAGGAUAUAAUGAUCAAACUUCAUCAUAUAAAAGUCUCGAAGAACAAAUAGAUUUGAGAUUAGCCUCACUGAAUAAUCCGACUAUAAUUAUGGAACUAGAUCUAGACGGAAACGUUCGAUAUCUUUCUCAAAACUGGGAACAUAUAGUAGGAACUUCAAUUAGAAAAAUAGUGAAUAAACCAAUAUCGAAAAUCAUAAUUGGAAGUAACGAUGAUGAUUAUCAAGUAUUUAAGAAGGCGAUUGAUUCUAUGAUUGUUGAUGAUGCAAGUUAUAAAGUUAAAUUUAUUACGGGGACAAAUCGUACAAAACAAGACAUCCAUGGAGAGGAAAUUAAAGGAGAUCUUGAGGACAUUUUGGGAAGUCAUGAGAAUGCAAAUUCAGAUGGACAAAUUACGCCAAAUAAUUCCGCUGAAAACCUCGAAGAUUUGAGCUUACCAAUUGAAGAUUAUGUUCCUCUGCAUCAAACUGAAAAUAAUACUGAUGUAUCAAAUACAUUGGAGAUUUUAUCAAGAGCUAGUUCUAUGUCUUCAAAGCUAUCAAACGAUGGAGAUUUUAUUGAAUUGGAAACUCAAGGUAUUCUUAUACAUGAUACUCAAACACAAUUGCCUACACAUUCGAUGUGGACAAUUCGACCUUUUGUUCAUAUAGAUUUGGACUUAUCAAUUCCUUUGACAUUAAUCGAUCUUUUAGGAUUUGGUUCUGAAAUAUUUGAAGGGUAUCUAAUGAAUUUGAAAAAUUUGGGAAUAGUGUAUGAAGAAAGUGUACCACAGCCAAAAACUAUAUUGUGUAGAAUUUGUGAAAACAAUAUCCCUGCAUGGUUUAUUGAGAAACAUUCUGAUUUAUGCAUUAUUGAACAUCGAGCUGAUGAACAUUUACAACAGUGUCAAGACGCAAUACUUGAACAAAGAGAUUUAAUAAAUAAAAUUAUUGAAAGUUUAGAAAUACAAGCUCAAAUUCCUACAUAUCAACAGACUCAACAAUUUUCAUCGAAUCACCAAUCAUCCCCUAGAUCACUGUCACUGUCUCCAAGACUGAUACUGCCUAUAGCUUCAUCACAUCUGUCUAUGUCUCUGAGUUCAUCUGAUGACGAAAAUAAUGCAUCUUCACAAUUGGUAUAUGAAUAUAAAGGAAUUCCAUUACCACAAGUAUCUACUACUGAAAAUUCAUCACCAAGAUUAGCAAAUAAAGUUUUAUCCAAAAAUUUUCAUGCAAGAAAUAAAAGUUUAAUGUACUCAAAAAAAUUUCCAUUCGGUACUUUGCAAAAGAUAAAAGAUUUAUGUGAUGAAGCAUUAUCAAUAAAUCCCCCAUCAACAACCGAAACCAACUCUGACAAAAUGAAUUUUAUAUCAUUUUCCCCAGGUUCAGAAAAAUCUUUAAAUUUUGUCAUUAAUCCUACACCAAUUGAAACAUCAGAUUUAGCUAUAAGGCAAAUUGCAGAAGAUACGAAAGCUUUGAUUGAUGAAAAAUUGGAAAUAUUAACAAGAUUAGCAUCUGUUUUGCAAUAUCUGUCCAAAAUCAAGAGAGAAGUUGAUUUGUUGGUUCUUGAAACUGUUAGAGAAACGGUAGAAAAAAUAAAAAAUCAAACAGUUGCAAAGUUAUCUAGAAGUUGUACCCCAGUUUCCGGUUUACAAGAUCAAGUUAACCCUUUAGUGGAUUCAAAAAAUCACCAGAAAAGUCAAGAUGAAAGUCAGAAUAGUCUUAGUCAAACAUCUAAACAAGAGGACAGCUUAAAACUCGUAGCGCCAAAACCAUCUAGAAGUAAAAGUCCGAUGGAUUUAUUAGCAGAUGGAACUGGUGAGAAUGCUUUAACUCCAAAGGAUUUUUUGAGGAAAGAACCUUCGAAUCAAUCUGAAAAUUCAAGCUCGUCAUCAAUAAAGAGCCCAAGAUCCAGUUUUAAUAUGCUCAAUAAUCAUCAACAACUUCCCCAAGAGCCCAAUCGAUCUUCGUCGAAAGAAUUACUUGAAAUUUAUGAUCACUCGGGAAAAUCUUCAGGUAAUAACUCCAACUAUUCAUCUCCUAGAAGGUAUUUAUCACCUGGUCCAUAUGAAAAAAAUAAUUUGACAUCAAUACAAAGAAGUAGUACCAUAAAAUCUUCACCGAUAUCAUCACCAAUGGUAGAUGCUACUCAAAGCAAUAAUUUGCAGCAUUCAGAUAAACGAAUCACGAGAUUGUCAUUGGAUACUACUCAACAACAAACGAACGAAACCAAAUCUCCAUCACAGUCUCAAUAUACUCCGAACAGUCAGAAGAGUUCAAUUAAUCGACCUCCCUUAUCUCCUUUACUUGUUUCAACUCAACAACCUUCAUCUAAGACUACUACAAUUAAAGAUUAUGAGGUCAUUAAGCCUAUUAGCAAGGGUGCAUUUGGAUCAGUAUUUUUAGCUAAAAGAAAAUUGACUGGUGAUUAUGUAGCCAUCAAAUGUUUACGUAAACGAGAUAUGAUUGCAAAAAAUCAAGUUUUGAAUGUAAAGUCAGAAAGGGCAGUAAUGAUGAGACAAUCAGAUUCUCCUUAUGUUGCACAAUUAUAUUCCAGUUUUCAAUCAAAAAAUUAUUUAUAUUUAGUAAUGGAAUAUUUGAAUGGAGGAGAUUGUGGAAAUUUAAUUAAGGCAUUAGGUACAUUGGGUCCUGAAUGGGCUGCGAAAUAUACUGCAGAAAUAAUAAUUGGAGUAAAUGAUUUACAUUUAAGAGGUAUAAUUCAUCGAGAUUUAAAACCUGACAACAUAUUGAUAGAUAAAAAUGGUCAUUUGAAAUUAACUGAUUUUGGAUUGUCUAGGUUGGGAAUUGUUGGUAGACAAACUAAUCAUAGAAAAAGUAGCACUAAUGAACAAAGUGUUGAGUUAUUUAGAAGCAUAUUUGGUGGAGUAGGAAGUGGAAGUGCUGGAGGUAGUGCUGAACGUGGAAGUAAUAGUGGAUCUGCUUCCGCAGGAGUUGGUUUAGCUAAUGAUGAUCCUUACCAAAGAAGAAGGAAAGAUUCAAUUUCCUCAAUCUUGUUAUCACCAACUUUGGAGAAUUCAAAAUUAAAUCAACAAAACUCAACACCAACAAAUUCUCAACAUUCAAAUUCUCAACAUUCAAAUUCUCCAACUUUAGCAUUUUUAGAAAGUUUUGGAAGUGCACCUUCAAAUAAAUUUAAAAGUGGAGCAAGAUCAAAUUCAAACAAUCUUGAAUCACCCUUACUAAAACCAAUUAUUCCUAGAACAGCAUCAGAAUCAUCUUUCGCAAUUGUUGACGAUGAAAGUCCUCAAACCCCAAUAAGUAAUUAUGCAUUAUAUCAUCCUAGAAUGUCAGGUUCGAAAAAGUCUGGAAAAGAUGAAGCUGAGUCAAGUGCCGAUGGAGCAGAAUUUAAAAGGUUCGUGGGUACACCUGACUAUUUGGCUCCCGAAACUAUUGAGGGUAUUGGUCAAAGUGAAGCAUCUGAUUGGUGGUCAAUAGGUUGUAUCUUAUUUGAGUUUUUAUAUGGAUACCCACCUUUCCAUGCUGAUACACCCGAACAAGUGUUUGAUAAUAUUCUUCUGGGUAUUAUACAAUGGCCAGAUCUACCAGUUGAAGAAGAUCUACAAUUUUGUUCACCAGAAGGUAAAGAUUUGAUUGAAAAGUUAUUAAAUUUAAAUCCUGAACAAAGAUUAGGUUCAAAUGGAACAAUUGAAAUAAUGCAACAUCCGUUUUUUAAUCAUGUAAAGUGGGAUACUAUAUUUGAUGAGCCAGCCCCUUUUGUGCCUAAUCAAGAAGAUCCUGAACUGACUGACUAUUUUGAAUUGAGAGGGGCCGCCAUGGCACAAUUUCCGAGAGAAGAUUCUUCAUCAGAUGACGAAAAAGAAAUGAAAACAGCGAAGAUGGUUGAAAGACGUGAAUCGUUAAAUUCUUUACAAUUACCCCCAUCAUCAGGUUCUGGACAAGAUUUAGGUCGAAAAGAACGACGUCCAAGCAGGUUAAGUGAACCUGGUGAAUUUGGUUCUUUCCAUUUCAGAAAUUUAUCAGUUUUGGAAAAACAAAAUAAAGAUGUCAUUAAUAGACUAAAAUCUGAGCAUUUGGAACAUAGAAAUAGUUUUUCUUCUUCUUCACUGGAGAGCACACCAAAAUUAAGGUCAAGGGGGUUUUCUUUUGGUAAUACUAAUUCUGCCGUUUGUGGAGGUUCUAAUGCUAAUUUAGCUACACCAGGAACUGGCUCUGGUUCAGGUUCAGGUUCAGCUACGGGUUCAAUAACUGGGUCUAGUCCAUUCAAAAGACCUAUUUCACCUCCUAAUGUUAAUUUCGGGUCACCAUUGAAUACGAAUUUGAGAUCAUCAUCUCCACAUAGAUCAUAUGAAAGUCCUAUAAUGCCUAUUUCAAAACACGAAAGAAUACCUUCAACUGUAAGUAAUUAUUCGCUGGGUGAUGAUUAUAAUCAAGAAUCACCAAAUGCAUCAACUAAUUUCUAUCAUCAAAGAUCAACAAGUUCACCACAUAUGCAAUUAUCGUCAAAAUCAUCAAAGGGUUCAAAUGUAAAUCUGGUUUCAAAUUCAAAUGUCUCAAAUUCUUUAAUUUCGCAACAGCAUAAUCUUAAGGAUUUUUGUUCUGGAAACUCCUCAGAUUCUGAUGAUACGUCUAGAUCAAAUGCCUUAUUGAGAGUACAAAGGCGAAGGGAAGGUUCAAGAAUGUCAGAUCCGUUGAUGGUUUCGAAUGAGCUAGAUGUUUUAUAUUGUGAGCCAAUAUCAGCUGUUCGUCAUCAAGUUGUUAAACUUUUGGAAAAAUGUGAUUGUAUUGUGGUUUCAGUAUCGGAUGGUGAAGAAUUGAUUAAAAGAGCAACAAGUCAAGUAAAGUUUGACUUUAUUAUGACGGGAUUAAGAUUAUCUAAAAUCGAUGCAUUAGAUGCUGUGAAAUUGAUAAAGUAUACAACUGGUAAAAAUUCAAAUACUCCAAUAAUUGCGAUUACUGGAUUAGGUGAAGAAGCUAGAAAAGCCGGGUGUUUUGAUUAUGUCAUUGAGAAACCAGUGACAUUAAAUGAAGUUAAAGAGUGUUUGAAGAAAUUUUCCAAUGAUGAAGCCAUUAUUGACUAA